UCAAGAGGGAACCGAAUGCAUAUAAUACGUGGGCCGGCCCUCAGCUGUUACUUCGAGGUGGAGAGAGAAACACAUAGAACCAUGAGGUCGCUGGUGUUGGCAACGGCGCUGUCCCUUUCGUUCGGGCUGGUCAGCCCUCAGUGCAUUUCCAAGGACGACUCCCUCGUCCCGCCCCCGAGAACAUACCUCGGCCACAUCGCGCCCUUCAGUGUCGGUCUCUUGAAGGAGGUCCUUCCUGCGUCGGGGAACUUCUUCUUCUCGCCCUACAGCAUCUGGACGGCGCUUACCUUGGCCUACUUCGGGUCCAACGGCAGCACCAAGACCCAGUUGGAAAGGGUCCUUCAGCUGGGCAACCGGGAAGGCGCUCUGGCCUUGUACAAAAGCGUGGAUAACAGGUACAGGUUGCAAGAAAACAACCCCAAUAACACGAUUAAUGCAGCUAACAGAAUAUACGUUCAGGAUGGGUUGCCGCUCAGAGAGUGUCUACAGACGGUUUUCUCGAAAGAAAUGAAAGCUGUAGAUUUCCGCCAGCAAGCACAAGCCGCCGCGGGGGAGAUUAACAGGUUCGUCAGCGACACAACCAGAGGCAAAAUUCCGGAGAUAGUGUCAGCCAACAGCGUGUCAGGAGCCGUGAUGGUGCUCGUCAACGCAGUCUACUUCAAGGGCCUGUGGGAGCGUCAGUUCAAGGUCGAGAACACGGCCCCGCAAAGGUUCUUUGUGACGCCGAAUAGACACGCAAUGGUCCCUAUGAUGAGCCAAGAAAGCGGAUUCAAAUACGGCGAGUCACAGGAGCUGGAUGCCCAGGUGCUGGAGAUGCCCUACCGGAGCGGUCGCACGUCCAUGUUCGUGCUCCUUCCUCGAGACCAGGGGACGGGCCGGGAGCUCGACGAGAUGGUGCAGCGACUUAACCCUUCGACGCUGACGGCGGCGCUGACGGACACUCACGAGCAAACAGUCCAUCUCAAGUUCCCCAAGUUCAAGUUUGAGAAGAAGAUCGACAGUGCGCUUCAGCAGGCUCUGGUGCGCAUGGGCGUUGCCGAUUUAUUCUCCGACCGAGCUGACCUCACAAACUUCAAGUCCGACGGCGGCCUCCAAGCCACGGGCAUCAUCCACAAGGCAGUGGUGGAAGUGGACGAAGAAGGCGCUGAAGCAGCAGCGGCCACGGCGAUUAUUGUUACGUUUUCGGCGAUAGCUAUUCCACCCCCGCCAGUCCGCUUCACCUGCGACCGCCCCUUCCUCUUUCUCAUCCGGGACAAUGACAUCGACAAUAUCCUCUUCAUUGGGGCUUAUAGGCAGCCCUAAAUUGCAUUUCUGCAGCCUUCUUCUCCUUCUCCAUCUUCCAUUUCUUCUCCGUUUUUCGUGAUGAAUAUGAUUCCGUUGACAUUUCUUGUCAGGUUCAGCUUCUUUUCGCCGUCUUUCUUAGAGAUGCAAGUUUGAAAUUGAUUUUGUUUAUCUUUUGUUCUAUUUUUAGAAAAUC